AUGUCUGGUUCUAGAAAGAACACAUCUACAAAACCUGAGGAAGUUGUUGGACCUGUGCCAAUCACAGAGGAGCUCAUGGAACAGAGAGAUAAGAAAGGAAAGGUUGAUGAAGGAACGUCUACAUCAACUCAACCUCCUCCUGACACAAAAGCAACAUCAACUCAACCUCCACCUACUGCAACAACGCAGCCUCCUAUUUUUACAUCGUCGAGUACUACAAUUCAUGUGACAAUGUCGGUGUCUACACCGACUGAUACAUUUGCUACAGCAUCAGUAACAUCACCCCCAUUAAUACAAAAGACUGCACCUGUAAUGAAUCCUACUACUGAAAGGGUGACCAUUUAUAAUAUUGAGUUUGAUUCUGAUCAAGAGGAUCAACAACCUAUUAUACAAUUGGCACAAAGGAAGAAUCUACAAGAGAAGCAGUCGGCUAAAGGGCAAAAAGAACAAGAUGAGCUUGAUGAUGAACAUGAUGAAAGAUUUGUUUUAACUCCUUUGGACCAAGAAAUAUUUUUUAAGGAAAUAGAAGUUGAAGGAGGAUUGAAAGAGAUAGAUAAAGCCAAUAAAGGGUUUGAAGACGAAGUGAGCGAAAGGUUAGGAGAGUUGAAUAAACAACAACAGUUGAAUAUUGAUAUGGCUCUCCAAAAAAACCAAGCUCAACAGAGUGCUUCAACCCAAGAUGUUCAAAUUCUUGAGCAGGAAGAGGGUAAAAGUAAGAAUAAAGAGGAAGAAAAAGAUGAAGGAGAAGAGCAGUUACAAAAGGAAGCAAUCACUGAAGAGCCAGGGAAAACAAAGAAGGUGAAGACCAUACAACAUUUUUCUAGAUCUGGUUCUGGUGAGGUGAUUGCUGAUAUUACAGCUCCUAUACAAGUUGAAGGAGGAGGCUCCCCGAAAUACCAAGUUUCACAAGUUGGAUUGGGUAAACAGACCAAGUGGGGAGAGUUAGAUACUUUUGAAUUUUCCACCAAUGUAGUAAGGAGACAGAUGGAGAAUGAACAUAGUUCUCAAGCAGAAGUUAAAGCAUAG